AGCGAGCGAGCGAGCCAAGCCGACCCAAGCUGCUGGUCUCCACUCUCCAGGAAGGUCUGUGAGCGCGCGGCGGCGGCCGGCGAGAGAGAGAGGAAUGGCGGGUCGGGGAAGAGGCAGUGCAAGCAGCGUCGCCGCGCUCCUGUGCGCAGCGGCGAUCCUGGUGGCGUCCGCCCCGGGCGCGGAGGCCGGGACGACGUACCUGGUUGGCGACGCGGCCGGGUGGACGCGCAACGUCGACUACGGCCAGUGGCUCGCCGGCAAGACCUUCCACGCCGGCGACAUGCUCGUGUUCAAGUACAACGCGACGUACCACGACGUGGUGUGGGUGAGCAAGGGCGGGUACCGGAGGUGCAUCGUGUCGCCCAAGGGCCGCGCCCCGGUGUACCGCACCGGCUACGACGCGGUCCGGCUGCCCGCCGGCACGCACUACUUCAUCUGCGGCGCGCCGGGGCACUGCCAGGCCGGCAUGAAGCUCGCCGUCAAGGUCUACUGAGAUGACCAGCCGGCCAGCAGGUGGCUCCGGCCGGCUGCUCCUCUACGCCAGCCCGUGACGUCCUGGUAUACGGUGGUCGUCGUCGUGCCGCUGGUUGCACGCUCGUGUGCAACGACGUUUUCUCUCUGUGUAGUUCGCGUGUGGUUGCGAAUCAUGUUGUGUGAGUUCAUUUGGCACGUACGUAACAUUGCCUUGUAUGAGUAAACCUGAUGCCUUCUCUCGUGAUGCUAAUCUAGCCAUGGAUCAUGGGCGUUCUUUCAAAGGCAAGUUUUUUUUU